GCAUGUCUUGUGCACUCAGGGUCGAUCCCCAGGAUCCAAGCAGACGUCACCAGCAGGCUCGGGUUCGCUUUUCGCCCGACCGUAGCCGUCUUGGCUCACGCCACCCUGGUUCAAGCUGGCGACAUGCCAGGCCCUCCAUAACCUGAUCCCCGUGGGCCUGCCCGCACCCCAUGGGGCGCGCAUGCCACUGGGCGCUCUGCCUGCUGGCGGAGCGGGCCGCGUCCCUGGCGCUCGACGCCGCAAGCUCGCCACGGGAGGCCGAGGUGGACAGCUCGGAGGAGCGGCUGCCAGUGGUCGACGGGGACGGGCGGGAAGUUCUUCCCACAGCCGAGGAGCCCCUGGCCCGACCAGCCACGGCGGAGAUGGCUUUGGAUGCGACGAGGUCGCGGCACAGGGACCUCCUCGAACACCUCGCGGCCCUCCAGGCGAACGCGACGUUCAGCCCCGCACAGUACCAGGAGUUCAUCGAUUUCUUUCCUGUCACGAGGUUCAACAAUCUCGACCCUUUUCACCGGUACACGGAUGAGGCCGGCAGACAUGAUUUCCCCGCGUCGACGGCCACCCGAUUGCCAGGUGUAAUGGACCGGUUCGACUGGACCAUCAUGGGAGGAGAGCGGUUCGAGCACAAGAAGGUCUCCGACCCGCAUACAGUAUGGAUUGGUUCGUCUUUGCUGGGCAUGGUGAUGAAGGAAAUGCAGAAGUGGGACCCUAACAGGACCGACCGAGUGCUGGUAAUGAACGGCGAUGCCUGGCUUUCUGAGGUUUUUGGACCUCCUGGUCGAAAUCCCAAUGAGUUCGAGCCGGUGGACCAGCGAGUUGUAGAGGUUUACAACCAGCGGCGGGAAAAGAUCAGGCCGCGGGUUGAGGAAAAGGUCAGGCAGUUGCGGAAUUACUUCGGUCGCAUCUUCUUCGAGGCCAAGGACAUGGACGUGCAGGGCGUGGAGACAAUGCCGAUCGGAUUUACCGAAUUCUUCCUUCGCAACGGCGUUGCCGAGCAUGCGGCGGCUGCUGUCGCGAGCGCGAGUCUCGAGAACAAGCCAGGGGACGUGAAGGGUUCGUUCAGCUUCUACCACGACCUGGCCAAUUGCCAGAGGGGCUGGGGGGAGGGGCAGUGGCUGAGGCUCCAGGCAAAGGAGUGGAGCAGAACCGCUGCCGCGCGGGCCGGCGGAGUGGACUCGGACCCGGUCGAGCCCGCAGACUGGUGGAGCACGAUCGCCCGGUUCAAGUUCUUGAUGACGCCCAACGGUUGUGGAGUGCAGACCCCUAAGCAGACCGAGGCAUUGUGGGUGCUCACGGUCCCCCUUGCCCGCCGCGGCCCGUACAGCGCCUACGACGACCUGGUCCGCUAUGGCUUCCCGAUGGUGGUGGUUGACGAGUGGGACGAGAUCACGCCGUCGAACGUCAGGGACUGGUGGGCGCGCUUGUCGCCCCGACUGGUGAGCUUCCGCGAGAACUGCCUGACCAGCGAGGCGUACUGGCGGUUCUUCACCGGGCAGGUCACCCACUGCAAAUAGGACGAUUCUGCGACGCACAAAAGCGUCCCUUCGCCGUAGUGACUUUGGGUGCGGCCCACGAGUGUCCCCCGAGCACGGGCUUGCGCGCCCAGAUUUCGGCCCCCUAAAACCGCGCACCAAAGGUCGCUCUUGACUAGGGUCACUCUUGCAUGUAGGCGACAGACUACGUGCACGCACUGUUACAAAUGUUCUUGGGAACGUCCGCGCGUGGUGGCAGGACGAGCGCGCCAGCUCGGCUGGCGCGUAACAUGUUCGAGCGGCCGCCAUGACAUAAGGUUGUGUCCUCGUCCGGCUGAAGACACCUCGUCGGGGUUGGCUUGCCAGACGAGCGACUCCCAUGGCAAGGGCAGCUGUUCUUUCUGAAACUAAAAUCGCUGGUUACGUUGUAGCCAAUGCAUGCGGAUUUCAAGUUGUUCUUGCUGCAUCGUUCGCACUUUUGGUUCUCGCUGAACAGAGGGUUCAGAGCGCUCAGGCGCUCGGAAGCCUCUGCAAAGCGACCAGGCGCUCAGAAGCCUCUGCAAAGCGCCCACGCGCCCAGAAGCCGCUCAGGCGCUCAGAGGCCUCUGCAGAGCGCUCGGGCGCUCAGCAGCCUCUGCAGAGCGCCCAGGCGCUCAGAGGCCUUGGCGGAACGCUCAGGCGCUCAGAGGCUUCUGCAAGGCGCUCAGGCGCUCAGAGGCUUCUGCAGAGCGCUCGAGCGCUCAGAAGCCUUUGCAGAACGCUCAGGCGCUCAGACGCCUCUGCAAAGCGCUCAGACGCUCAGAUGCCUAUGCAAAGCGCUCAGGCGCUCAGAAGCCUUUGCAAAGCGCUCAGGCGCUCAGAUGCCUCUGCAAAGCAUCCAGGCGCUCAGAAGUUUCAAAAGCCCCCCUUCAGAGCGCGCGCGCGCGCUUCUGAAGGCUGGUUGUAAAGUGGCCGUUCUGGUUGCAGAGAGCCCCGUCUGGGUUGUAAAGUGGUCGUUCUGGUUGUAAAGUGCUGUUCCAGUUGUAAAGUGGUCGUUCUCACAGGCAAACCAGGGAAUUCGAUCCUUUGCUGGUUGUAAAGUGACUUAUCUCUGUUAUAAAGUGUCGUUCGGGUUGU